AUGAGUAAGCAACAAGCGGGCAGCAUCAAGAUUAAGCCUAAACGGCUUUCGAUUAGACGAACUCGCUCGCCGAACAGAAUGGGCUCAGAAAGAAUGCGACAUGAUGGAUAUGAACAGGAUCGCGAGAGCUCUCUACCUUCAGAUGUUCGCUCUCGACUGUGGUCUCUGUUUGUUCAGAUAGAAAGAGAAUUUGAAUGUAUGCAUGCUGAAAACCUUGCUUGUAAGUAAUUCAUGUUUUUCCAUACUGUGUUACUUACUUUUACUGCCGGCAAUUCUCUUUGUGGUGGUAGCAAACACGGCUGUAAAAGUUCAAUUCGGAUUUCUGACUGUUGGACAAAUCGCACGAACGUUUAUUUUUUUGUCACUGCGAACUAUUUUGAAGUUACCGGAGAAUACUUCAUUCUUGAUGUUGCCUAUGAGGGUAACUUAAUUAGUAACCCGUAAAUAAUUUGACUUACCUACACACGGUCUAUUCAAAUGCAUAUUGGUAAAGUAUAAAGCUUACUUGUAUGUGAGUCUUUAUAACAUUUCUAGUCAAUUCAUGCUAAAAUUUAACUGAUAGUUCAGUGAAUAUGGCUUUUUAAAAUUUAUAUUCCUUUCUUGUAAACAUCGAGACCUGGCUAUUUUUAUCUUGAAAAGUUGUUGUGUAACAAGACAACUGCUUGUUGAUUUGUUGUCCUAAACUGAUGACGUAAAUUGCCUUUGUAUGUCACAACAUGCUAGCCAUAACAUUGUUUAACAAGUCUCUGGAGACUGCUUUCCUGUGGCCAAUUUUAUGUUACUAAUUGGCAAGCACUUGGAUUCAACAUCACUUCAUUUGCUAAGAAUUGCAUGAUGUUAAUACGUACAUUUUGUUGUUUUGGUGGAAUUAAUCCUGAUCUUUUGAACCAAGUUGAAAAAGCAAAUUUGGUUUGAAAUACCAAGAGGUUUGAAAAAUUCAGGGGUAAAAUCACAGUUGUGAAUGGUAAAUGAAAGUUAAAUUUGGUCCAAAUUAGCGGUAAUUUCAAAUACCAAGGGUUUGAAAAUGGUUGGAUUCAACAGUGUAGUUAACUUUCUAUUUUCCUUACAAGAUAAAUCGUGGUUUUAUAGUAAUAAUAAUAAUAAUAAUAAUAAUAAUAAUAAUAAUAAUAAUCUUUAUUGAGAUAACUUUUUCAUACAAAAAAUGGUUUUUAAAAAGGAUCUCGUAAAACUAAAAAGAAUACAAAAUACCCACAAUACUUAGUUUUACCUCGUUAUGUUUGUUGUUUUCAGAUCAGCUUAUUUCAAAAAGUUUAUGAAUAUAUUUGAAAGGUCCUUUGCAAUUUUCACAUCGCGCAUAAUGCACCUUGUUUGCCCCCACAAAAUUUUAAAUUUUUUCAUAACCCCUGUGAAUGUCUUUUUUUUUCUCCUUGAAUGACUGUAAUACCCAGAAGAAAUUAAAAACAAAGGUUAUGCAAAACUUUGAGGUACAAACAAGGUACAGUAUGGGAGCUGACAAAUAGUGAAUGGCAGAAUACACAAUUUUCGAUAUAUUAAAAUUCAUACUUGGCUCCAAGGCUUGGGGGAAUAAAACAAAAGAAUUCAUUAUUGAGCCUCAAGAUGAUUUCUUUUGUUUUAUUCCCCCAAGCCUGAUGCAGCCAAGUAUGAAUGUUAAUAUAUACUGGAAUUGGUCUAUUUGCUAUUGAGCUAAGAGACUUAUAUAUAGGAUUAUUAAUGCCUAACUUCCAAGGCCUUCUUGUUUUACUGCCCGAGUGUACAGAAGGGAGGUUAUUAUUUUUGCGCUCAUUUCACCAGCAUAUCAUCAUGUAUGUUACAGACUGUCAACUGUGAUUUCAGGUUAAUUUUGAUUUAACCUACGGUAGGUUGAUUCUCAAUUUGCUUUGUUUCCUAGCCCUUAUUCAUGAAUAAUUAGGGCUAGGAGACAAAGGAAAUUGAAAAUUAACCUAGGUUAAAUCAAAAUUAACCUGAAAUCAAAUGUAGAUUAUCUAACUUGUGUGUGUUUAUGUCUGUUAACAGUGCAAGAGAGAGUUGAAGCAUUGAAUGAAAAGUUGGAUCUUGUCUUGAGUGGAGGAGAAAAGUUUGGAGAUGGUGAAUUAUUUGCUGAGGGAGGUUCUUCAAAAACUGGAUAUAGUAAAAAGCAGUGUAAGCUACUGCAUUGUAUAAAAUUACUGUCAGUUUGUCUAUUGUGUGUCACAGAGAACACAUGGCUUAGUUGAAGAGUUAAUGUUAACAUGUAACAAAAUAAGGCUAUUAUUCCAAGCACCUUUUCAGUUUUUGGUUAAAAGAGUGGCUUAUCUAGAGAUUCAACUUCUGUUUUUGGGCAAAUUGAUUUGGAAAGCUGACAUAAACAUGAUUAAUAGUACAAGACUUAGUGUGCAAACCAUAAUGGACAUUGGAGCAAGUCAUUGGUUUCAUCUAAACACAUUGGUACUUUAGGUUUUCCUGUGUAAAUGUGUACUUCACUUUCCAUAUAUCCACCAUUUUUCCUUUGGUCUUAUAUGCUAGUAGUUAACUCUUAAUAACAGGAUUUUAAGUUUGUUUGAAUACAUGUACCUUAUGAUCACUUAUUUUUGUGAGACUUAUUUUCCACGAUUUCUGUAAUUUAAAAAAAUUCAUGAAAUUAAAUUCCUGCGAAAAAAAGGGGGGUUGCGAAAAUUGAAGACACAAAAUUUAAAUAUAAAAAUCUUAAUUAAAGUUUUACAUCAGCUAGGAGCAUACAUAUGGGGAGGAGGGCUCUAAUUUCAGUUCAGCACAUGUCCUUGUUCCUCAUCAUCUGACGCAUCGCUGAAGUUUUAAAAGAUGUUAUUUUGCUGAUUUGUUGAAUAAUUCAGCCAGUUGCUUGUUACAUUUCUAUUCCAUUAUGGUUGAAUAAAAUGCAGAGAAUUAAUGGAAGUUUAAAACAUGAGCACCAGUGUACACUGUACUUGUUUCAAGAACUUUAAUUACCUUGAAAAACAGUUUUUUCGUCAAAAUCGUGAAAUUUAAGUCCCACAAAAUAUUUCCCUUCAAAUUUGCUAAAUUAAAGUCAUGGUAAAAUUAGUGAUAAUUAGGUAAUAAGGAAAAAGCCCAUAUGCAGCAGUAUAUUAAAAAACCCGCCAGAGCAUGUGCCUUGUGAUCAAGCAAUUUUUUCCAUACUAACCUUUUACAGGCACUCCUCACCAGGGCGGAUAAAGGUUGGGCGGUGAAACGAGCGCUCCGCUCUUCAUUUAAUGUGUGAUGCGGAGUAGGACUGGCACGAGCGCUCUUUCCGCGCUUCCGGUGCGCUUGAAGGCCGGCGAAAUUUUCCUUUUUGCAAACCGGAAAUCCUAUUUUCUUUCUGUAAUUUCAGGCUACAAUGUUAAAUAGAUAAAUUCGUUUCAUAACAAUAUCAAUAAACAGUUUCAUAUGUUUGUGUCUGUACGUCUAUAAGUCAAACUUGUUGGUCGUAUAAUGCCAAAAUUUGAGUUUAAUUUGAAAGUGUUGAAUACCUCCUCCUUCCACUAAAUAUCACCUAAUCGUCUUUCGCCGUUUCGUUUGCAAAAGCUUAACACUUCUUAACCUCAAUUUUUACAUAUGUUAAAGGGGGAUAAAUUUUAUAUAACAUAACAAAAAAUUAGAUUGAUAUAUAUUGAUAUAGUGGCGUUGUACUUCUUCAAACUUUGCUUCUCGUUUGCAACGCGACAUGGCGAUUCGCGCAAUGCGUUGCAAAUCCGGCAACCGCAUGUAAACAAAAUUUAUUGAGGUUAGUUGUAAGGUUUUUUCUCCGUUUUUCUCUCUAAAACAAAACAAGGUAAACAGUAAAAACUGAGGGGAAACUAAUUUUGAAGUUUCGAAGAAACAGAAAGACGUAUGAGAUGUUUUUUCAAAAUUAAAAAGAAGGAUGAUGGUGAUUGAAAUUAGCAUAAUUUCACCUUGCACGAGCUGCACGCAUUUAUAAAAUAUACGUCAUCUAGUUGUGAAACACGAUCUGCUGUCUUUUAGUUUUGCCAUGGAUGACAUGAAAGAGAUUUUCCUUCGUGCUUUAGACAGUACUUAGUUGUUUUUGUUUUGGAAUAACAUCGACAUUGGCGAGUAGCAGAAUGAAAAUAUAAUUCAGUGGUAGAGUCAUGGAAGUAAUAAAAGAAACCCUUUGAAAGAAAUGUUUGUCUACUCCAACUAAACCUCCCGCAAAAAAUAGCAACAUUUGCCUCUCGGAGACAGCGUACCAGCACAAAGGAACGAGGAAGAAGUGCAAGAAAACAAAUUAUCAAGGCGCCAUAACUCAGUGACAGCGGCAGUGUCUUAUGCACAAACCACAUCGCAAGCCCCGACCAAAGUCGAAAACAAGCAACAUUUCUAAACAUAGUGCCAGUCCACUGCAUCACACCUUUUUGCUCGGACGCGCUCGUUUCACUGCCCUACCUUUAUCCGCCCUGCUCCUCACCUCACCACCUCCGCUAUCCUCUUUGCACCUCAUGGCACAGAGUCCCUCCACUUUUCUUGGUUAGCCUUGUUAAAGUGAAUUUUCUCUCCUUCUGGUUUCUGUAUAAAUAACAGGGUUUUCUGGGAGAGGGUUAUCAGACCUCAGCCAAACCCCCAACCUGGAGGACCAGGGGACCACACUUAGUGUGGUCUCUAUCCUUCAACCUGUUUGGCAUGGGUGGCCCUACCAGGAGUCAAAGACUCCAGGUGACAGAGCUCUAUGGGUCAUUGAGGCACACAAACCACUCCGCCACUGUAAGGUGGUGGUCUUUUUGCACUGAGCAAUCCAACACCCAUAAAAUCCUAGUGUUUCACAUCAGUCAUUCCAAAAUUGGCUUUCUAGCAAAUUUUCUCAUAGUCUUUCCUUCUCUGGCAUUCUUUUAAUGUUUAUCCCAAGCCACUGGGAUACACACUAUUGUACACAACCCAUAAUACUCUUAUAUAGUAACCUUAGGAGUAGUACACUUGUCUUCUGCUUUGAAAAGAGGGAUUGCCAGACAUUUUUAUCUGUUACUCUAUGAACUUAUUGUAGUUUGUUAUAAUUUAUGUGUUGCAGCUGCAAGCCAGUUGAUGUCCCAGAAAAUAAAAACGACUUACAAAGCUUCUACUAGUAAGGUAAUAAAGUUAUAUAAUUGCAUGAAUUACUCAGUUAGAUACAUUUGAACGUAAAAUAUGUGCAAUCCCAGCAUACAGAUGUUUUACAUGUACAUGUAUCUUGUUACACAUAAAAUAGUACAGAGACAUCAAGGUACAACAGACCUGUCUUUUCAACUGUUUAGUACACCUAGCCUGAUGGCAUUGCUGAAGCCCAGCCAUGUCCAUCAACUAGUGGGUCAUGCACACUACAGAGAGCUAAUGGGAACUCAGCUCCUCUGUUUUUUAAGCUUAUAAUAAUUUUCCUUGGUAGGGGCCAGUGAUGCCCCACCCAAUACACAUAGUCCACACCUGGUUAUUAAUCACCUCAUACAGCGUGCAAAGAAAGUCGUGUCAGAUAGCCCAGGGCUAGUGGAUUUCGCUAUCGGGCUAGUGAUUUUUGUUCUUUACUUGCCCGACGGGCAAGUACUGUCUCGUGGGGAAAUUCAAAUUACAGAAGGAUUGUAAUCAAUCCUGCUAAUCAAAAAGGAUUUUGGGGCUAGUUGAAAUGACUUCCGGGCUAGUACAUGCUAGCUACAGCUUGCCCGAAAAUGGCAGGCUGUAAAACUGACUUUCUUUGCACCCUGCUCAUAGGUACUGCAACUGCCAGGGGAAACUAAUGUUGUGCUGUGUAGAACUGUGACACAAAUGAAGGAGCAGAUAGUGCUCUGAGCAUAAGCCGUAGCAAAGAGAAUUGGAGAAUCAACUGAGACAAAGAAUACAAUGACUGUUUGACCUUGGUACAUGUUGCAAACUUCAACAUUACUUUCUUUGCCAUGCACAGUUCCCUUUUUCCCUUUUUCGAAGACCCGCUGCUACUGGACUGUAAAGCAUUGAGUCAGGCUUCCAAGGUCAUCAGUGGGUCCCUUUAGAAAGAUCAACUUUAUCACCCAUGACUUGCUCCCAUCUGGCCUAUGUAGCUCAGUUGGCAGGGGAGCAAUUGUAUCGCAGUGGUGAGAACACUUGCCUCCCUCCAAUGUGGCCCGGGUUUUAAUCCUGGCGUCGACCUCAUAUGUGGGUUGAGUUUGUUGUUGGUUCUCUCCCUUGCUCUGAGAGGUUUUUCUCCGGGUACUCUGGUUUUCCCCUCUCCUUAAAAACCAACACGUACUUGCAAAUUCCAAAUUGAUCUGGAACACAUGGACAUGUUUCAACGAGUUCUCAUGAACUCCUCAGUGCUCUGUGGGUAAACAAGUUACAAAAUUAUAUUUACAAUUACGAUUGUUUUAAUCAGAUCAGGAUUAGUUAAGGAUUUGAUUCCUUCUAAUGUGGCUCAUGUAGGUUCCCUAAUUCCUUUUUAACUUAUGCUCCAUGCCAGGAUAAUUUUAUGGGUUAUUUCCAGCACUUGAAUUUUCACUUCAUAGUUGACUCUCUGUUUCUGCGAAGUGAAUGUGGAGCUUAUGCAACCAUGAUGGCAACAGCAGCAAAACAUCACUUCAAAACUGAAUUUGCAUUGUGUCAAAUUUCAUCAUGAUUAUGCCAUUUGUUAGAUGUAGGCAAAUGUUCCUGGACUUGAAUUGUUAUGGAUAGUAUCUAAGACAAGUUCCAAAAAAAUAAUAAUAAAAAUGAUAUUGUUGUUUUGUGUCUUAAUGCCCUCCAUAAAACGUGAAAUUUGUAGUCUUUGGUGAUGGCCAAGAAAUGUACUACAAGGGAUGAGUGUGCAUGUACAGAGUGGUUGUUUUGUUUAUUAAAACAUUUUUUAGCAUUAUUUUAUAUUUCCGUCAACAUUCUGGCUCUGUAAGUUGCCUCAUAUCACUGGACAUAAAUCUCACAGAAGAGUACUGACAUCUUGAUACCACUUGGUUGUGAAAAAUAAUAAUUUACCUGAUUAUAAUUAUGAUAAGGAAAACAGUGUUAAAUGUUUUGUGACACCUUUCUAGAUUGUUUCAAGUUUCAAGAAUCCCAACCAAGCAACCAGUGUUGAGUGUCAUAGAACAAGAAGCUUUGCAGGACAUCGAGAUGGAGUGUGGGAGGUGACUUGUGCAAGACAUACACCAACCAUGAUUGGAACAGCAUCUGCUGGUAGGGUCACAUUGAAUCCAUUAAGAAUAUAGAGUGUUCUCAUAUGAUGUCACAUCUGCCAUAAUGAGAAGGGCUGAGAGCAUGUACCUGUCUUGUGCCGAUUUUCUUUUCUGGCCAGAAUUGCCUGAAUCUAUUGGUGUCCCAAAACAUUGAAAUGGUGGCUAUUCAUGUUGGUGUUCCAAAUUAGUCCUGUCAGAGAUGAACCUUUUUGUUGUAAUAACUUUAUGUAAAGACUUUCUUUUGUUUCAAUAAAUUUACAUAGUUGCUGCUAAUUAUAGUUGCUGGCGUGAAAAUGCUCUGUACAAUGUAACAAUUUUUAUGGAAUAGAAAAGUGUGAGAGGUUAUAUUUAUGGCUCUGCUCUUGUAAAGGCCAAUAAGUUAAUUUACAUGCCAAGUUCCUCAUCUAUUUUCCAGUAAUUUUUACAAAGACCAGUUCAAAACUUAGUAAACAAGUGCAAAGGAUCAUAAAAAAAAAGAAAAGUUGAUUGCUUAGGUAGUCAACUCAGUAAGACUUUCUAGAUUCAAGUUCAAUGUUGUCAUUUGAAUGACUAGAACAUGUGUCUGUGAGAAAUGAAAGCAUCAAAUGACAAGUGCUUUCGUACUAGCCACCUUAUUACACCAAGUCAUACAGAAUGUUAUGUCAUAGUAAGAGAGAGUGAACUCCAUACACUGUACUAAGAGUGUAAACAGUGCAUGUGUUAUGAAAUACUCUGUCCUUUCAUCAGAAUAGUUGCAUAACAAUGAAAUAAAUAAAUUAGGAGUUGGAGAAAGACAAAGAUGCCAUAAUACAAUGUAGUGAAUGGUAUAAAUUACUGAUCAUAAUUAGUUAUAAUUACUGUAACUAAUUUAACUUGUUAUAAUUGUUAUUAAUUUGCUUUUACUGAACUAAUCCCUUCCUGUUGGGUGUCAAAUAAAAUAAUAAGGUGUAAAAUUAAUGUAAGUUCAUGUAUUUUCAUUUGUAGAUCGUUCGGCCAGACUCUGGGAUGUGGAAACUGGGCAGUGUCUAUUGAAGUACUUGGGUCACAAUGGAUCAGGUUAGUGGACACAGUGGCCCUUGGACAACUUAUAGAAUCUUAAGACAUCAGGGCCUGGUUCCUGAAGGGCCGAUUAACGUUAAUCCUGGAUUAAAAUUUUGUUCUGUUUUUGUAUUCUGCAUUCCUAUACAUUUUGUGUUAUCAUUACUGUAUCUCAUAGUAAUGCUCAACAGUAUUUUGUAACCGCAAGUUGCAUAUUUUUAGACGAGAAAACAUUGCUUGAAAAUUGGCUUAAUCCUGGGUGAAACUUAACCAUCUUUCUAGUAAGCGAGCUCAGUUCCUCACUUUGUUAACAAUGGGUGCAAGCUUUUGGCACAAUGAUAAGGCUCUCUGGAUUGCAAAACCUGUUGUUUCACAUACUGAGGAGGAGGUCAUGUCACUGUCAGUAUUAAACUAUUGCAUUUGCGCUUUUCUCUGUUCCUCUCACAUUUUCAACCCAUCUUUGUGUCAUUUGUUGCUGUUUCUGCUGUCCUGUCCUGUACGUUGUUUUUUCAAGGCCUUGUCGGAAUUGUACCCUGACAGGACCUCAAUGAUUUGUGAAUGCCGAUCAUUUGGGUGGUUUGAGUGAUUAGCUAUGAUUGUUGAAUGGUGUCCUAUACAACAAGCACUAAAGCUUGUCCACCCAAAUAUUCCCAGAAAUUGUUGAAGCCCUGUUGGAUUAGAAUUCUGACAAGCAACGUGGCCUUGAAACAGGGACAAAAGACCAGAUUAAAUGGUGACAAACCACAUACUGUAUUAAAGACUGGUUACAGUAAAUGCCAACAGCGGCAGGGCCUACUUCUCUGAAUAUAAGAAACCACCACAUAUUUGAAAUUCAGACCAGGGUUGUACAAACUGCCCACUAAGAAAGCCUCAUUGUUGUAGCAAACGCUUGAAGCCAUUUUCUCUUACACACAUUUUCUCUUACACACCGUAUCUGUCUUUAUGUAUCUCUUUCCAGUUUUAUUCUUUGUAAUCCUUUUGUCACCUUUUUUUUUCAGUCAACUCCAUCAGGUUUCACCCAACAGAUUCUAUAGUUUGUACAGGUAUUAAAUAAAAGCUUUUAUAUCUGUUGUAAACUCACUACCACUACUCACUACCAAAAAUGCUUUAAAGCCUUUCUUUAUGGCAGUCUUGACAAGACUAACCAUUUUUAUUCCAAUUUAAAGGGCUUUAUUAUGGUUUCUUGGGAAAUUUAUGUUGUUGCUGUUGUUGUUGUCUUUUUAUCUUAAAUUCAGGUUUUAACACUUGAAAAUAAGGAUGAACAGUUAAGUUUUAUAUGUGAAAUUAGAGAAAUUUAGAGGCAAAAAGACUUAGGUCCUCGUAUAAUUUUUCAUCAGCAAUGGGGCUGCAUCUAAAUAUUUUUAUGAUAUUUUUAUGUUCACUUAAAUGCAGUGAAAUUAUUUACUCUACCCAAAUUUUGAAUAUGUUGUAUUUUUUUUUUUUUUUUUUACCUCAGGUAUUUUUUUUUUUUUUUUUUUUCUUUUUUUUCGGCAGAUUUUCCAUUAUUAAAAAAAAAAAAAAAAAUUACUGGAAAAAAAAUUAAAAAAAAAAUAAAAAUUUUAAGCGUUUUUAAUUUAAAAGCUUUGUGCAUUUUCUUGUUUUCCUCCAUUUAUCAAGUCAAAAACUUUUUUUUUCAAAAUACAAUAUUAAAAUAAUGUUUAAUUUUUAAGUUUUUAAAUUGAAAUUAUAAAAAUUGAAGGAGAAAAAGAAUUAGGUCUUUGUAUAAUUUUGUAAUAGCAAUGGGGUUGAAUUUAAAUAUUUUUUUGAUUUUUUUUUUUUCACUUAAAUUCAGUUAAAUUUUUUUUUUUUCCCAAAUUUUUAAUAUUUUUUUUUUUUUUUUUUUUUUUUACCUCAGGUAAUUUUUCUUUUUUUUUUUUUCAUCUUUAUCGGCAGAUAUUACCAUACUCAAAAACAAAAGAAAAAUUACCUGAGAAAAAAUUAACUACAACAUAUACAUUGUAAGCUGUUUGUAAUUAGAAGCCUUGUGCACUAUCCUGGUAUCCUACAAUUAUCAAGUCAAUAACCUGUUAUCUCAAGAUAUCAUAGUUACUCUCAAGUAGAAAAAUUCAAGCCAUUUGGACACCAACCAACUGCUGAUUUGUGCCGGCAUCCUGUAGUUUCUUCUUUCUAAAAUGUUGGAGUUUCCUCAUGAAUCACAGUAAAUGGCAAACUUUGAAAUGAAAAGUUUAAAUAAUACAAGGCAGUCUACACAAAAUAUAUUUGCCAGACAGUAUUGUGUAUUAUACCUGAAAUACUUAACUAGAAUCACUUUAACACAACGAUUUAGCUUUGAGGCUUUUCCAUUUUGCUGAUAAAUACAUAUACUCUCAAUUUUCCCUUUUUAGGAUCAGGAGAUGGAACUUGUCAUAUCUGGAGGGCCAUUGUCUCAAAACCUGAAGAGGUAAGAGAAAGUUUCACGAACAAUCAUAUCAGACAAGUUUUAAAACACUGGUUAGAGGGCACACUACAAGCAAAACCUUUCUAGUAAAGUGACCUCUUUUAACUGCGGUAGGGUAGCUCAUUCGGUAGAGCACUUGACUUCAUAGCAGGAUGUCAUGGGUUCUAUUUUUUGGGGUUCUAUACUCAGGGUUGAAGGUACUACCUGUUGCCCUGCAAACGUUGAUCAUGAUGCUGCUUGUAAUGAUGAUGGUGGCAGGGUAAGCUCUGUUGGUAAAGCACUUGAGUGCAGAGCAGAAGGUCCCGGGCACUAUUCCCAUGCUGGACAAAUACUCAGGGUUGAAGGUAGUGCCUGUUGCCCUGCAAACGGUUAGACCUUAGGGUGGCUUGGAUGACCCAGUAAAACGGCGGUCCCGUCUCCAGUAGGAGACUAAAAACAGUGUCCCCAAUGAAAAAGCAUGUUCUUGCUAAGCGCUACCCAUGGUGCCCCUCUGAGCACUAUAGUGUUAUAAAUAAUCACUCUUUGCUUGUCAUUAAUUUAGUUGAAGCUUUAUUGUUUCUUUUUUAACAGCGCUCCCAUCCUGGAUCGGCAGAUGAAGCUGAUAACAUAACAGAUGAAGAGUUUGAAGGUUUGUUAUGUAAGAAUAAAGAAAAACAAACAGUGUCGUUUGGAAAUGCUUAUUAGCCAGCCUUUUCUAAAAAAAUUCAGGAGUUAAGAUUUUUGACUACAUGUAAUAUUUUUUGCAUUUCCUAGGUAUAGAUAUAUAUUUUUUUAAUCAGAAUAUCAUGUUUAUGAAUCAAUCAGAGGGACAAGCUAAGGGAAAGUGAAAUCAACUUUUGUCCGAAACAGUAUUUUUAAAAGGAAAACUUUCUCAGUCAACUUUUAAUGUUUUAUUGAAGGUGUUGAUAACCCAGAUGCUUCUGCUACAGCCUGCCUAAGAUCACCAACAUGUGAGCUUAAAGGCCAUGAAGGUAAACAAAAUGUUAAAAUUCAUUUAUUAGUGAAAACUGUUCUACAGUUGAACCUCUACAUGUACUUCCUGCCACUGCCUCACAGAAUCUGCUUACUUCUUAGCCUGCGAAAAUAUCCGUUUCUCCUCGCUACUUAUGUCUGCUCCCAAAGCAGCUGUUGUAAAGUGUUUGGACUAUUAUUCAACAUCCAACAAAAUCAGGGUUUCUGAUAUUUGUGAUGGUGAAAAUUUUCGUAUUUGAUUGCAAAUCGCAUGUGGUCACAUACCGAGUUCGAGUUCGAUUUGAAAUCACAAGUACAUGUAUGAUUUCAGACCCAAAUUGCACAACACGAAAUUCAAUUACCAUUUUAUCACAGUCAUUUUGAAAUCGCAGAAUUUAGUCAGUACCACUAUUUUAUUGAUCAAUUAGCCGGUUUGUCGAAAAGCGGAAACAAAAAGGCUUUUACAUCUCGUUUUGUAUUCGAAACAGAAAUGAUGCGAUAUGGAGCAAAAAUGAUACGAUGUAGAACAUGACUAACGCGAUUUGGGACAGAUGUGAUUUAGAGCAAAAAUAGUGUGAUUCGUGAAUAAAUCACACUGCUGAGAGCCAAUCAGAUUGCAGGGAUCACCAGUGACCACUUCGAAAAAUACCAUAAUAUUAUCAAAUUGUUGGCACUUUGAAAAUAUUGUGGUAUUUUGCGAAGUGGCCUGUGUGAUCACACUGUUUGUGUUUUAGUUUGAAUCCCCCUCUUAGGAUCUUCACUGUAGUUGUUGUUGUUGUUGUUUUUAUUUUUCGUUUUUGUUUUCAUCUACAUACAUGUAGAUUGGAAUGGGUGCAAUGCCUUGUAAUAUCAGUAAUAUACUAAUACUAGAGGUCAUCAUUGAUUAUGUAUCCGCGUUCGUCACUUACGGAAACAAAAUCGAGUCGAAAGGAGUCCAGUUUCCCGGCCGAGAUGCCCUUGAUAAAAUCAGUAGGGUUUGCUAAUCGGCAGUCGCCCCCGAUACCUCGAAAAUUUGUGGCUGUGUACCACAGGAACACAAAGAUUACGGUUUGUUCUGACGAACGCGAUUAUUGUCGCAUAUCAUUGAUUACAGCACCUGAUUUGUUAAUCUGUCAACUAGAAAAUUGUCUCUGUGAAUGCCAAAUGAAGUGAGGUUGCCAAAGGGAUACUCAAACAGGCUUUACACCCGACAGUAAUGCCGGUUUCUCAUUUGUCACCUAUGCGCUUUGAGUUUAAGUUGUGCCUAUCUUUGUUUAACUUCACAUGUAGGUGCUGUUAUUGCUGCUGAUUGGUUUACAUCUGGAAAGCAGGUUGUUACGGCUUCCUGGGACAGGACAGCAAAACUUUGGGAUGUUGAAACAGCAGAACAUGUUCAUCAGUUAACUGGUAUUCAUAGAGAUUUAUUUCGAUGGUCAUGUGUGUGUUUUUUUCCUUCGCACUUUCUCCUUUUUAAGUUCUAUACACUCAGUUUGUUAAUAUUUGAGGAAAUUAGAUGUUGGAAGUUAAAGCGUUUUCGUGAAAUUAUUAAUUGUUCAAUUUUAGAUUCACAAUUGGCUUCGAGGCUAACUCCCCAAUCCUCGAAACUAAGCAUGAAUUUUAACACAUCGAAGUUGUUCUAUUGGUCGAAUUCAUAGUUCGUACAAUCUUGAAAAAGUAUUGAAUUUUAGUAGUUGUCUUGGAAAGUCCUUGAAUUCGUUUAAGGUCCUUGAAAAGUACUUGAUUCCUUGAAAUUCACUACCUUGUCUAAAAACAUUUUUGUUCCUGAGCGGUAUCUUGCCUCUGUUUCUUUAUUUUAACUGCUGUUUCUGUACCUCAGAUGCAAUUGCAAGUCAUAUUCAGUCAUUUUUCAAAGCGUUGUUGCGGGAAGUAGUAUAAAAUAAGCCCGGGGGAGGGACUCCGCAUAUAAAAGGGGUGGGGAUGCUCGUCGUCCCGCUUAAGGGUGUAAAUUUCGGAUUUUGGUCUCACUUAGAGUGUUCUAAGCAAAACGCCAUCAUAUUUAGCCGUGAAGGUCUCGUUUAGGGUUGCAUGUGAAAAAAUAUAAAAAUGUGUGUAUUGUCUGUGUUUUAAUACGGUCUCUUUUAGGGGUUAAAAAAAGCUUGGGCUACGCCUGGAUCGGUCUCUUUUAGGGGUUUAAUUCAAAAUAUCCGACGAGCAUCCCCACGCCUUUCAUAUGCGGAGUCCCCCCCCCCCCGGGAAAAUAAGGGGAUCAACCCUGGCUGAAGAAGUAAAAGUCGUAAAUGACUCCAUGACGUGUUUUAGCCAAUAAGGUGUUCAAGAGAGGGUUAAAGAAUGCCGAUUUAUUGAAUAAAUCGUAGUCCUUGAAAGCUGUUAUUUGUCCUGGAAAAAUCCUUGAAGAGUCCUCGAAAUUUGUUUGUCCGAAGUUGUACGAACCGUGGAAUUAGAAUUGCGAUAGUUUGGAAGAAGAGUAAUUGAAUGUCCGCGACCUUUGCUUAAGUCCGGUUUGUUUUACAUUGCAGGGCAUGACCAGGAACUGACACACACUUGUACCCACCCCUCUCAGCAACUUAUUGUCACGUCCUCCACUGAUACAACCUUCCGUCUGUGGGACUUCAGAACACCGUCCAUACACUCAGUCAAUGUGUUUCAGGGACAUUCCGAGUAAGGCAUUCCUAUAACACUUACAGACUUACCAGAACUGAUUCAUUAUCCUGUCCAAUGUUUGUGUACAGCUUGUGAGCAGUUUCAUCAGAAGAGGGAAGAUGUUUAUCACUCAUUAAUUUCAAGGUUGCCCACCCGCCCCCCCACCAGUCCACCCCCCACCCCCCCCCUUCAGCCCCCACAAAAGGCCUUACUGCUUCCGAUUUCCCGCCUUCUAUCUUGUCAGACAGACUUUUCGCUGUGUGGCUCUUUUUUUAUUUUUUUAUCGUCAACCAUUUUUCGUCUAUGAGACCUCUCAUGCACGCCUAUGUGCCACCUCUGUUAAUUUGGCGCACAACUGUGUAGUGUUGUGUUUCCACUGUGGCGCAUUUGCACCCAUAUAAUGUCCGCCCGGAGUUGGGGAAUUUAUUUCUAGGUGUACCCCCCCUCCUUGGGAAAUACAGGAAAUUUGCGUCCUGUGCAUGAUUGUGAACCGUUUCAAAUUCCAGUGAGAAUGCACGAGUUCGUGUGAAAAGUAGAUUUCAACAGCUUCUAGAAUUUUCGUAUUACACUUCAAAGUUACAAUUACACAUUAUGUAGUAAACUUACAUACUUUGUUUUGUUUGUUUGUUUUGUUUCAUGUCUACAGCACAGUGAGGUCAACCGCCUUCACAACAAAAGAUAUUGUCGUCAGUGGAAGUGAUGACAGAACUGUCAAGGUAUGAUUUACAUUUUGCAAUUCUUCAUUACAGAAAUCGCCACCAUGGAAGAUUCUUCAAGAGAAUGAGAUAGUUGUAGAUAUUGCAGUUUAUUAUUUAUUUUAGUUAAUUUUUUUUUCUUUUAAUUAGACUACCGAUACAAGCAGUCUCUCUCUUUUUUCUUAGUCCGUCGAGCGGCAACCAUCCGCUAGAGAAACGGAGAGAAACGGCGUUUCUCGCGUCUCGCGGCUUCGCCUCUCCCGCUUCCAUGGGCUUCCCUCACUUAAUCAGAAGAGAGAAAUUUGCACGCGGUUUACCUUUUAACUUUUGUUUCAAAAAAUAAUUCAUCAGCAAAAUACCCCAAAACAAAGGGAAAAAAAUGAUUAAUCGAAAUGGAAAAUUAACUUCAACAUAGACACUAGACAAGUAAAGAAGUCUGAGAAUGUUCGCCUGUUUCCACGGAGCGUUUUUCGUCGCCAGCGUAGCAGGCUCAUGAGAGUAAUAUGGGCCCCAGAAAGAACGAGGUGCGGGAGAGACUCGCGAGGUAAGAGGAAGCUCUCUCUCGCCCCUCACGUUUCUCCAUUCGCGCCCCGUUUUCUUGCGCCUUCUAUGCGGGCCAAGUUUUUUUGUUCCGCUAAUACUUUUAAAAAAGACCUCGUGCGGUAUAAGGUGCCUAUAUUUUGAAAGUACAAUACACUCGUUCAUUUUUGGCAAGUUACAACAUGUACAACGCUUUGAGAAUUUCGUACACACGAGGUUCAAAUGGCAUCGAUUGAGAGAGAAAUUUUCCAUUUAAACCGGUUUACUCUCACAAUUUAUUUUGCAUUUUCCAGCCCAAGUCUCGGUGCAGGUGUAAAUUGGUGGUGUUUUCUAGUCUAUUCUACUGCGAUUUUCCAAAAGUUAUUCGAAAUUUUUAAGACCCUCCGGCGAAAAACUUCUCUUUUCUUAUAGUUUAUACUAAGGGCCUGUUUACAUGGAGGUGGAAGACCCCAGGUAAGUGGAGUAACCCACUGAGAUGGGGUAACCCGCCUGUCCAUAUAAUCUUCCAUUUGAAUUUGAUCCCGUUUACAUGUAAGGUGGGGAGACCAUAUGAGAGAUUGUAUGGACUGGCGGGUUACCCCAAUGCAACUAAGCGCGUUACCUCACCUUGCUGGGGUCACCCACCUCCAGGUAAACUGCAGGCCCUAAAUUUCAUGGCAAUCUCAAGCCAGACGAAAUUGUGAAAAAAUGUUUGGUGGAAAUCGGCGUUGAUACUUUAACAUGUAUUUGUUUACAGGUAUGGGAUCUAAAGAAUAUGCGUUCUCCUUUAACAACAAUCAACACAGAUUCUUCCGUUAACAGGUAACAAUAAGAACUAGUUAGUUUUACGGCAGUUGAAGUUCACAGUUCGCUCGAAACUGUUGUGAGUACUCCCAGAAAUAACAGAAGACCAAGGCAAACUAAUGAACCAAUCAGAAUUCAAAGCGAACACAUGUGACCUUUUUGCAAGCGCGGGAAAAAAUGUAUCACCGGCCAUAUUGGCUUUAACCUUUAUUUUUGAUUGGUUGAAAUCAUAGGAGCAUAAGCAUAAUAAGCAUAUCAAUAAAAAUCGGUUGUAAUCGAAAGCUUAUUGAAAAAUACACGGCUCUUAUUCCAAAGAGAUUAAGGCUCUGUCCAACCGUAUAUCCGCUUUUAAAAAAUACGAUAGCAUCUAGGAGUUUAUGAUGAAUGCCUUCAUCGUAUGCGAAACCUCCGUUUUCGUAGAUUCACACGUAAACUUGAAGCUGUCGUUAUUAAGAAUCUUCACCUUGGGAACCGUUGAAAAUGAAAACUUGCGUUUUUGGUCCCUGAAAUGGAAAUGGACAAAAACAUCUUUUUUUUUCAAAAUUAUCGAUCCGGUUAUUUGUAAAGGGGCCUAAGUGACUUGGUCACUUUUCACUUUUGUACAUCUACUAAUCAAAUGGCGGUAUAAAUGCUAUAACGCUGAAAAGAAAGUACGCUUGGCCACUGACACAAGAAAAAAAACCUUGCAAUAACUCUCCCAUAAAUAAUUCCCCUAAUAAAAAGAAUGCUUUUGUGUUCACAGACUCUCAGUUUCUCCUGUGAAUAAUAUAAUCGCACUUCCUCACGACAAUCGACACAUUCGCCUCUUUGACAUCAGUGGGGUAAGACUAGCACGGCUACCUCGCCGAAAUGGUCAGGUGAGUUCUCUUGCAAUGCUUCAUGUGUAUGACUUGCUUAAAUGUGAACCUGCUUCCCGGGGGGGGUACUCAAUGAAGUUUUAUACGGGGAGGCUCUGCCCCGAGGUCCAACCCCUUACCCUUUUAUAUACCAUUUUUGGCAGAAAAGAGACCCCUUUUGUAUACCUUCUGUCAAAAAAUGGUACUCCCUUAACAUACCUAGUUUAGAACUUUGCAUCCCUUCUUGAAGCUUUAAAUGGACCGGCAAAGUAUUGAAUAUGAAAAGAUCACUAAACCAGGAUGUUUUCUUGUCUCUUUACAUUAUUGUAUAAAAUGCGUCUGUUCGCUCUUUCUUGUUCUUUUUAGGGUUGAUUUCCACUGUCGCGUAAUUUUUCGGUGCGAACGCACGUAAUAUUUAGCACGUAAAUGAAAUAGAGGCAAUGUAUGAAAGGCCUCGCGGAAAUAGGAAAGUUGAGCGAGGUUCAACUUUUUCGUUUACGCGUGAACUUCCAUACAUUGUCUCUGUUUCAUUAAAGCGCGUAAAAUUUACUUGCGUAAGCACGUAAAAAAUUACGCGACAGUGGAAAUCCACCCUUACCUGAAGUCUGAGUACGGAGCCUCCCCGUACGGGCCAAACAAGGGAGUACCCCUCGGGACCUGUUUACUUUUCAUGACAGGAGUCAUUUGUAGAUAAUUGGGCUAAGUUACUCCAAAAGCUCUUAUCUGGUUGAAAUCAAACACUUACAUAGCUUUUUUCUUUCGAAAAUGAAUUUUUCCCCUGAUUGAUUUUGGUCAUUCUUGGGGAUGAAGGGGUUGAAAUCGAAUCGACCCAUCCUAAGAUCACUAUCGAUUCCAGUUUUCUGUGUCAGCUCAGUUAUAGGUGUUCCCCCUCCUGCUCCCCCUUCGCUCUCAAUCCAGUUGUCUCAACUCGCUUGGAAACGCUUGCUACGCAGGCUAAGAUGGCAUCAAAGUAUAGUAAAGGUGAUGUUACACGAGACGAUUCGCAACGACGAUUUUUAGCGCAACACAGCGUUGCAUCAUUGUUGUGACAUUGUUUCGAAUGGUUGCAACAUUGUUCCAACAUUGAGCGCUGUGUUGCGCUACAAAUCGUCGCUGCGAAUCGUUCCUUGUAACAUCACCUUAAAACAAAAAGGAGGUGACGAGGUAGGCUCUGACGUGCUAUUAAAAUUCUUGACGUCAUCCGCGAUCUCGGUUUCGUCUUUGUCUUACUUGUAAACAGUUACUAUCCGAGGUCUUUUCUUAAUCACUCCGGAAUAAUGUACCCUGCGAGCAGGGGUUUCUCUCUGGCAUUGCUUCUAGCAUUUACGAAGUCGUUCGCGUUGCUUGUUAGUCGCCUAGUUGGUUUGUUUACGCCCAGAGUCAACCCGAACGACUUUGUAAAAAAAAUAUAAGCCAUGCCAGAAAGAAACUUCUGAUGGCAGGGUAGAAUAAUCUCACGAAUACUUUCAAAACUGCUGCUUUGUUAGGUAAAAGAAAGAAGAACUUCCCUAUAAAGUCGAAAUAAUAUACUUCAAAAUAGGCUUAUUAUUCGAUAUAUUAUAUAACGUAGCUAGAAUCUUCGCCUAAUCAAAUUCAAUAGUGCGUGCGUGCGUCAUUUCCCCAUUGUGCACGCUGAUGACGUAAAUCAAACAGCACGUUCCUUUUUUCUCUUAGAUAAGAUAAUUUUGCAGAUUAAAAUCAGAUAGUAGAAGUCAAUUUUCGUGCAUGAGUUCACCUGUCAGUUUUUCUUACCAAUUCUUCUUUGAAGAAUGUCGAAGGUUUUUUUCUCAAACAAAAAUGAGCAGCGCAUUGAAGCAUAACAAAGUGAAUUUUUCUUAGUGUUGAUUAUGUCAUAAGACAUUUGGUUCAUUCUUCAGCUGUACAUGUAUAUGGAAGUUUGUAGAGCAGGAAUAGAGAGGAGAAUGGUGACGUCACGUUACCAUGGUAGCAAAAAUUCUGGAUCACAACAAUAAAGAGCUUAAGCAAGCUAGGACGACGGCAACAACAACGAGAACGACAAAAAAAAAAAACGAUAGGUUUAUAUUAGCAAAACAACAACUUUGCACUUGCAUCACGCUUUUUUUUUUCUUCCGACAUUGGACUUCCUAAUUUCACGCGCCCGCUCUAUGGAGUUGGUGAACACAGCACAAAAAUUUUCUUUUUCAGUUUCUCUAAACUCAGAUACGGUACUUUCGGAUUCAACCCCAGAUGACUGCGCCAACAUGUAACAAAUUAAAUGAAAACUGAAUAAGAUCGAUGAAGUUUGCAACAGUGCGAAGUCACUUUUUAAGUGAUGUUUUUGGUUUGUUGUCAUCCGGAAAUUUUGCUACCAUGGCAACGUGACGUAAGGACUUCUCUUUGUUGUUCUUGUCUACGUUUCCAGCAUCUUACGUGCUAGUUUCCUGCUCUCCAAACUUCCCGCGUGCUUUAUAUGUCGAUACACUCGUCCCUUCCAAAGGAAACCGGAUUUCCGGAAAUUUCAGGAAUCCGGGGCUCUAGAAUCCGGAAUACAGCUCAAGGAAUCCGGAAUCCCACUAACGAUCGGAAUCGGGAAUCCAAGUUUCAUCGACAAAGAACCCGGAUUCGGUGCCUGAAAAUCCGGAAUCCACUGCGCGGAGUCCAGAAUCCGAGAUUGCCUUGGAUUCCCUUGCAUGGAUUCCCUUGCAUGGGUCUUUUCAAGGGGAGCAAGGGUGGCGCAGUGGUGAGAGCGCUCGCCUCCCACCAGUGUGGCCCGGGUUCGAAUCCUGGCGUCGACGCCGUAUGUGGGUUGAGUUUGUUGUUGGUUCUCUCCCUUGCUCCGCGAGGUUUUCCUCCGGGUACUCCGGUUUUCCCCUCUCCUUAAAAACCAACACUUUCAAAUUCCAAUUCGAUCUGGAACGCACGGACACGUUUCAACGAGUUCUUAUGAACUCCUUAGUGAUCCGUGGGUAAACAAAUUACAAUUUACAAUUUUACAUGGGGCGAAUACACUCACACUGAUGCACGAACAAAUUGUUUGGUAUAAAAAUUCAUAAAUGUUGUAUAAGGUAAGACACUAUGUUGGCGAACAUAUUGCUGAAAUCUUUCGGAUUUUAUGAUUCAAGGGCCAUCAACGCAUGGUGUGUUCCACAGCCUGGGGAGAGGAGACAAAUGCCAAAGCUUCCUGUAAUUUAUUUUCGUGUGGAUUUGACAGAAGAGUGUUAGGUUGGCAAGUCAGAGAAGAGAAAGACAAGUAA